AUGCAGUGGUUUCCCAGGGUCUCUUGUCAGACACCACUCUUUCACUUUCUCUGCCUCUUUUACUCAUUCUUUUUUAAAUUUUUCCUUGUCUCACUUUCUACCCUUUUGCUUCACACUCUCUCUUUCUUUCUCUUUUUCUCUUACUCUCACUUUUUUCUUUUAUUCUCUCUUUUACUCACAGUCCUAAUUUCGCCUUUUCUCCUCCUUUCUCUUUUACCAUCUGUUUCUUUCAUUCUCUUCUUUACAUUCACACUCUCUUUCUUUUAUUAUCUUUUAUUAUCUUUAUUAUUUGUCUUUCAUACUCUCUCUUUCACUUUUCUCUCGCUUUUUUUUACUCUCUUUUAUCAUUUCUUUCUUUCACUCUCGUUUUCAUUCUCUUCUUUACAUUCACUUUCUCUCUCUUUUAUUUUGUCCAGCUCUUUUACUCAGUCCCUCCCUCUCUCUCUCUCUCUUUCACUUUCUCUCACUUUUACUCACUGUCAAUCUCUUUCUUUUAUUCUCUGUCAGCCUCUUUUUAUUCUCUUCUUUACAUUUACUCUCUCUUUUAUUCUCUCUCCACUUUUCAUUCUCUGUCUCUUUCUCUUUCUCUGCUUUCAUUCAGUCAAUAAUCAUUUUCCACUUCACAUUGCUAUGGGCCCUCUGAACUUUGCUACAUCUGUUGAGGAUUAUGAAAUGCAUGGGCCUCCAAGUAAAAAGCCCAAAACUCCUAGGGAUCCAAUGUCUCACCGUAUAAUAGAAAAACGUCGACGAGAUCGCAUGAACAACUGUCUUGCAGAUCUUAGUCGUCUUAUUCCUGCUAACUACAUGAAACAGGGCCAGGGACGAAUUGAGAAAACAGAGAUUAUUGAGAUGGCAAUCAGGCAUAUCAAACAUCUGCAGAACGUUCAUAGAUCAAUCGUGAGCCAAGGUCAGUGCUGUGCCGAAAAAUUCUACCUUGGGUUCAAAGAGUGUGAAGCAGAGACAAUCAGGUAUUUUGUUGAGUGUGAGGGCCUUGACAGUAAAGACCAGUUCUGCAUGAGAGUCAUCAGCCAUCUGGAAGCAGCCAGCCAGAAGUUUAUCUCAGGCAAUGGGAACUGUGGUGAAUACAGAAAAGAAGAAACCAACACUGAUGAUAAAGGAAACAUAAAUUCUACAAUUGGUUCCGAAUGUGAGAGCAGCAAGCCACAAAAUCUCAAAGCCGAGAUGGUACCACAGUCCGUUCCAGCUAUUUUAGCACCUUCACAUGAAUCCAUCAAUUCGGCUACCAGCAAACAGCUACGUAACUUACUUUCUCACGGCAACUCAGGUUUUGAGCAAGUUGAUAGUGGCAAUGGAAGCUGUGUUGAUUCCUUGAGUGCAUAUUCAAGCAGUGAGUCAUAUGUGUCAAGUAUCCCGUCACAUGAAGACGGGGGAUCACACUUGGCAAGUACAGAGGCUGAAUCACACUACCGGAGCCACAGCAGUUCAGAAGGCUCAUCAAGUAGCAAUAGUAAAGACAGCAAAUUCACAAACUAUAAAUUCAAGCAUGAUAUCACCAAGCGUUUUUCACAAGAAGAGAAAUUCAGUGUCGAUCCAUCAGUGUCGGCUCAUCAUGAACGGAUUCUUGAACAUGACAGAGAGACUGAAAACAUGAACAGGGAAUAUAUCUAUCUUUCUUUUUAUUUUGAAUUUGCAUUCAUUCAUUCAUAUUUUCUCUCUCGUUCUUUCAGUAUCUGUCUAUUUACAAAUAUUUUAGGAGAGUUUUUUUUUUUUUUUAAAAAAAAGAGAAAAUAUUUAAAAAGACUUUAA